AUUUCUCUGACGUCAUGGGCGGAGUUUAGUUGAAGAUCGAAUUCGGAUUCGGUUGGCGGGCGCGGCCAUCUUGGUGAAUUAGUGACCUGGCGAUUCGGUUUAGUUAGUGAAAAAUCAUUUGUCAUCCACAAUGUCGGAAAGGGAAGAUAAUGUGUAUAAAGCAAAGCUAGCCGAGCAGGCGGAGCGCUAUGAUGAAAUGGUUGAGGCGAUGAAGAAUGUAGCCUCACGCAAUGUAUCAGAUAAUGAACUCACAGUGGAGGAAAGGAACCUCCUUUCCGUCGCAUAUAAGAAUGUCAUAGGUGCACGCCGAGCAUCUUGGAGGAUCAUCUCUUCAAUUGAACAAAAGGAAGAAACAAAAGGCGCUGAAGAUAAGCUGACGAUGAUCCGCGCCUACCGCAGCCAAGUGGAGAAGGAGCUGCGCGAUAUCUGCUCCGACAUCCUGGGCGUGCUGGACAAGCACCUCAUCCCCAGCUCGCAGACCGGCGAGUCCAAGGUCUUCUACUACAAAAUGAAGGGCGAUUACCACCGGUACUUGGCGGAGUUCGCGACAGGCAACGACCGCAAGGAGGCUGCCGAGAACUCGCUGGUGGCGUACAAGGCCGCCUCCGACAUCGCCAUGACCGAGCUCCCGCCCACGCACCCCAUCCGCCUCGGACUCGCUCUCAACUUCUCUGUGUUCUACUACGAGAUACUGAACAGUCCGGACCGCGCGUGUCGGCUGGCGAAGGCGGCCUUCGAUGACGCGAUCGCGGAACUGGACACGCUGUCGGAGGAGAGCUACAAGGACUCGACGCUCAUCAUGCAGCUGCUGCGCGACAACCUCACGUUGUGGACGUCCGACAUGCAGGGAGACGGCGAGGCGGGCGAGGCGGAGCACAAGGAGGCGGCGCAGGACGUGGACGACCAGGACGUGUCGUAAUGCGUCCCCGCCCCCCACCUCCUCCCCCUCGCCCCCUCGCCCCCUCGCCCCCUCGCCCUAUAGUACCACGUAAGUCCCCGGCCCUGCGAGCGCGAGCCGCCUCAAAUCUACCAGUUACGUAUACACUCCAUAUGUACUACUUGUUGUUUUGAUAUAUUGAACCUUUCUUUUUCUAUAAACGACGAAUAUCUAAUGUUUAAGAAAAAAAAAUUAGUACUUUGGUAUCGCAUUUUAACUGUUCGUUCUUAAGAAAUGUAUUUGUAUGGUGAAGGUCAGCGCGCCAUCUCUCGACAGCUACUCUCUCUCUCUCUAAAGUGGGAAUUGUAAAUUUUCUAAGUAUUUUGUACCGCGUGUAACAAGAUUGUGCAUUUGGUUGUUGUCGGCGGCGCGGCGGCGCGGCGGGACUCCCCCGCUCUCCCGCUCCCCCGCGCGCAUUACAUUUGGAGUAUUCACACUUGAAUUGCUUUAAUUACUUACGAGUAUUGUGAUAGAGAUUUUUGUAUAUUUAAUUUAUUUUUAAUUUCGCAUACUUGUCGAGCAGUCGCAGUAGAGCGCUAGGGCUGCGCCCCGGUCGCGGCACACAUUCCAGGCGCGUGCCCGAGUAAGAUAUUAGCGAUAUACUUAUUUGAAUUGUAAUAUUGCAUAUAUUUUUGUUAAUUUAUCCACAAAAUAAAAAUACUGAUGCAAUUAGCCUUAGUGUUAUGCAAUAUUGAUUUAUGUCCUACCAUCUACAUGCAAAUUUAUUGUAAAUGACAGUGUAAAUCUAAUAAUAAAAAUUCAAAA